AAACACCAUGUAUGCGAACAAUGCAAUAAAAAGUUCACGAGCGAGAAAUAUUUAAGCAUGCACAUGUCUUUGCACAGAGCAUCAACAAUCCCUUCCUUUCAAAACCCACCUGACGGUCUCUGGCAAUGUAAACUUUGCGACAAGUUGUUCGCUCAGAAUUCCAACUACAAAAACCACAUGCGAACGCACUCGAACGAACGACCGUAUGUCUGCAGCACUUGCAGCAUCGGCUUCAAGGAGCGCUACCACCUCAAAAAACACAUCCUCUUCAAACACACGGACGAAGCUAAAGAGGAGUGUCGCGUUUGCGGCAAACGCUUCAAGGAUUCCACAGCCGUCCGCGCCCACGAGAGAACACACUCGACAGAAAGACCCUACUCGUGCAUGCGCUGCUCGAAAUCUUUCAAGACCAGCGAGUCAACCACAGCCACAGCAGCCACAAUCGACCGUCCAUUCAGGUGCGACACGUGUCGCGUGUCAUUUAAACUGAAGGUUCACCUAAAAAAGCACUGCCUAUACCGACAUAGCACCGAUUAUCCAUGUGAAUGCACAUUUUGUGGGAAAAAAUUCAAAGACUCGUCUGCUGUUAAACUCCACGAACGUAUUCACUCUGACGAAAGGCCCUUCGUAUGUGCCUGUGGUAAGGGGUUU